GGAAUCCCACGGUCGCCUCCAGCAGCCCGCCAAGAUGGCCAUGCAAGCGGCCAAGAGGGCGAAUAUUCGCCUCCCACCUGAAGUAAAUCGGAUUUUGUAUAUAAGGAAUUUGCCAUACAGAAUCACAGCGGAAGAAAUGUAUGAUAUAUUUGGGAAAUAUGGGCCUAUUCGUCAAAUCAGAGUAGGGAAUACACCCGAGACCAGAGGAACAGCCUAUGUGGUCUACGAAGACCAUCUAUCUGGAUUCAACGUGUGUAACAGAUACCUCGUGGUGUUGUAUUAUAAUGCUAACCAGGCAUUCCAGAAGAUGGACACCAAGAAGAAGGAGGAGCAGCCGAAGCUUCUCAAGGAGAAGUACAGCAUCAACAAAGACCCCCCAAUGAGUUCUCGGACUUCACUCUGA